AUGACUCGCUUCAUCUCAUGGGCCGUGGUUUCAGUUGCCGUUCUCUGCGUCUCGCAAGUUUCUGGUUUCUAUAAUGAGACUAGGGUUUUUGACAGGCGCCAGACGACCGGCAAUGGCUGGGACCUGGACAACAAGUCCUACGACUAUGUAAUCGUUGGUGGUGGCACGGCUGGUUUGGUUCUGGCAAACCGUCUCUCAGCUGAUGGCUCCAACUCUGUUGCGGUGAUCGAGGCUGGUAACUCGGGCUACGACGACAACAAUAAAUUUAUUGUUCCAUCUGCUAUGCUUUACGACUCUGGAACGAACACUCAGUAUGACUGGCAAUUUAAGACGACUGCUCAAAAGCACAUGAAUGGCCGCAAGGCUGCUUGGCCUCGUGGCAAGGUGCUUGGCGGUAGCAGUGCCAUUAAUGGUCUCUAUUAUGUCCGUCCCAGCGACGCCGAAAUGAACGCCUGGGCAGACCUCGCUGGUGGUAACGCCUAUGACCACUGGGGUUGGGACAGCUUCUUCGGGUUCUUCAAGAGGAGCGAGAAGUUCCAGACCCCCUUGAAGAGUGUUCAGGACCAGGCCCACAUCCACUACGACGAUGGUUCUCACGGUCACCAUGGUCCGAUCCAUACCACCUGGCCUGCUAUUACAUACGGUCCAGUUGGUGCCUUCAUCGAAUCUGCCAACAAAGCGGGUGUUAAGAUGAACAAGAACGGUUAUGAUGGUAAGAACCAGGGUGUUUAUUUGGCCCUUUCAUCUUUGAACAAGGACAACUGGCAGCGUAGUUUCUCGCGUAAUGAAUACCUUGACCCUAUCGGCGAUCGCAAGAACCUGCAUGUUCUCACUGGACACACUGUGACGCAAAUUCUCUUCGACCGCUCCGACAAGAACAAUGUCCAGGCCACCGGUGUUCACUACAAAGCUGCUGCAAACGAGUAUGAACACACUCUUCACGCUAACAAGGAAGUCAUUCUUAGUGCAGGUUCUAUCAACAGUCCUCAGUUGCUUCAGCUCUCUGGUGUCGGCCCUUCGGGUCUUCUUCAAAGCCUUGGUAUUGAUGUCGUGGUUGACUUGCCUGGUGUGGGUGAAAACCUCCAAGACCACGUCAUGGCUGGUAUGUCCUUCAGUGUCAAGAAUGAUAAAGAUGUGCCUCCUCAGAAGGUGACGGGCAACAAGAAGACGGACUCGUACGUGAACUCGGCUGUCUCGUACGUCGCUUUCCACAACAUUUUCAACGAUGCCGAUGCGUUCCGUGGUAAGAUCCAGGCUCGCGUGAAGGCAAUUCCAGAUGAGUUAAACGUGGAUGACAGUGUUCGUGAGGGUUACAGGGCUGUUUACGAUAAGAUUGCCAAUGACCUCUUCUAUUCGAACGUUUCCCCCGUGGAAGUCUUGGGCAACGUGAUGUUUGGCUCGAUUAGCUUGCAAGCUGCUCUCCAGCACCCUCUGUCGCGCGGAAACAUUCGCAUCACUAGCAAGAACCCAUUCGAUUACCCGCGCAUUAACCCGAACUACUUCAGGGAAGACAUUGACCUGAAGAUUCUGCGUGAGGCCUUCAAACUUAUUCGUGAGAUUACCCAGCAGCCCCCCCUUAAGGACCACAUCGCGAGCGAGAACUGGCCGGGUAACGGCGUGCAAUCGAACGAACAAUGGGAGGACUGGAUCCGCAAUGCUGCUGGUACUGAGUACCACCCUAGUAGCACUUGUGCUAUGCUUCCGCGCAACAAAGGCGGUGUAGUCAACCCUGACCUGAAGGUGUACGGUACCCGCAACUUGCGUGUUGUGGAUGCCUCAGUGCCGCCGCUUGCUCUCUCUUGUCAUUUGGAGUCGGUUGUUUAUGCUCUCGCUGAGGCCGCCGCUGAAAUUAUCCUCAACCACAACUAA